UUAUCCCUUUUUCUCUUUUCCUAUCGUGAACGCAAACACAUAUUUUUUAAUCGUCAGAGGUUUACUGACGAGAGAUUGAAAACGAGAGAUUUAACUGAAGCAGACGGAAGUUGACUUGUUUCGUGACAUUAGUUGCUGUUUGCUAAAAUCAAUAAACAUAAACCGUCGCCUUUCUGUGCUUUGUCAUUGCUGAAUAGCAGUAAAGUCACGUUGUGUAUUUUAUUCCAAGAAAGAGUUGUAUUUAUCUUUCUAUCGUCAAAUGUAUUCCGAAAAAAACUUGGUCGAGAUGCAGUGGGAUAGCGUUGUAGAUUACUUGUAUCAUAUUGUAAAACCGAAUCAACUCGAAAAUGAUAUAAAAAAUAUGAAAUGCGAAAGUGAGCUAAUGUCUUGUUUAUUGACUAAUAAGGACGUUACAAAAUUUAUAUCUUUAUGGCUAAGUAAUCUUUACAAUGAAGGAAAGAUAAGAAAGGAAAGAAAGAACCUGAGUAUAUCAAAAUCGCAUAACGACAAAGGACGCGAAGCAUAUAAAAAAAAAGAAUAUAAUGCUGCUAUAAAAUUCUUUACAAAGAGUGCGAUAUAUGCUUCAUCAGAUGAUGUAGAGCUGUCAUUAGCAAUUGCAAAUCGAUCAGCAACUUUGUUUUAUUUGGAAAGAUGGCAAGAUUGCAUCAAAGAUAUCGAACUGGUGUUAGACAAGUUAGACAAGUAUCCGAAGCAGUUACAUGGCAAACUAUAUCUACGUUUAAUUGAGUGUUACUUGAAACUGAAUAAAAAAUAAGCUGCUCCAAUUAUUUCUAAACUUAACAAUUCAAGUGCUCAAUAUGAUAUGACACCUAAACAGACAGCGCGAUUACAGAAAUUGAAUAAACUAAAUCUGCAAGUCCUAAAAACAACUGAGGAGAUGAAUGAUGUAAACGAUACAAGUAACAAUGUUGAAUCUCCUUUGCAACCUAUACUUAAAUGCCUAAAAAUGGAUAAUGAAAAUCCUAAUUUUCCAUCUGCAUCAGCUAGUAUAGAAGUAAAAUAUACUCCAGAGAAAGGAAGAUAUGUUGUAGCUAACAGAAAUAUCAAAAAGGGUGAAACUCUUUUCAUUGAAAACGCAUUUACCUUUGUCACAAUAAAUAACAAAAAUUAUAAUACUCUUUGUCACAAUUGUUGCAAGAACUACAAUGAUAUUCCUAUACCAUGUACGGAGUGUGUGGACACUUUAUUUUGUAAUAUGAAUUGUUGGAAUAAAGCACACCUGUCUCACCAUCGUUGGAUAUGUCCUGCCAGUCAAAUGGGUCUUUUGCGGCAGAUUGGAAUAACACACUUGGCUCUAAAAUUAUUAUGUGUGUGCCGCACUACGACCAAUGAGAGACGAUUUAAUGACGUACAGCAAUUAGUGACCAAUUUUAAUAAACUCGCACCAACUGACGUUAUUUCGUAUGGAAUUACAGCAACUAUGCUUACAUUAUAUCUAUCAAAAUAUAGAUUUUUUAAUGAUUUCAAUCUUGAAGAAUGCUUAGUAUCAAAGUUUUCUAACAAUAAUUUUAAUAUUAAAUGUAAACUUGCAACAGAAGAUGAUAAACAAUUGUAUGUAAGUUCUUUAUUGUUGAGGCAUAUAUUGCAGCUUAUUUGUAAUGGACAUGCUAUUACAAAGAUUAUAAAGACAGAUAUGAAAUCAAAUAAUACUGAAAAUUUAUUUCUUUACGAAGAACAAAUUAGAAUAGCUACAGCAAUUUAUCCUUCUGCAAGUAUGAUGAAUCAUUCUUGUGAUCCUAAUAUAAUUAAUAGCUUUUUAGAUCAGACUUUAGUAGUUAAAGCUAUAAAGAAUAUUGAAAAAGGUGAAGAAGUUUUUCAUUGUUAUGGGACUGAAUUUAGAAGAAUGUCGAAAGUGGAUAGGCAAGAACAUCUGGAAAGUCAAUACUGUUUCACAUGUAACUGUAAAGCAUGCACGACGUCAGAGUAUGAAAAUUUUAUGAAAAAAUUUACUGCAAUGAAGUGCCCUGAAUGCAGCGGACCAUUAUUAUUAUGCGACGAUCAUGACCCUCCAAUGUUUUGCUCAGAUUGCGGAGCAACAGUUUUUGAAUUCAUUUAUAUUUAUAAAAUAAGACAAGCACAACUGCAAGCUAAUACUUAUUUCAAAGGAGCAGAAAAUUACAUAAUUAAUGAACAGUGGCAGAAGGCAGCUGAUGAAUUAAAGCAAUGCUUGUCUAUUAGGAAAACAAUAUUAUACAAACAUCAUGACGACAUUAUUACAACCUUCGAUUUGAUGGCACGGUUAUGCAUUCACAUGAAUCAACGAUUGGCUGCAAUUUAUUAUCUUGACUACACCAUCGUGGCGAUCGGAGAAAAAUAUGGUUCUUGUAGCAUAGAAUUAUGCAACGAAUUAAAUAAAAUAACGGAUAUAUGCCUUACUUAUUUAGAGAAGGAAUCUAAUACAACAUCAAAAUAUUACAAAAACGUUUUGAAAAAGACACGUCGAUAUCUGAAUAAUGCUCAACAAAUUCUAGAUAUUGUUUAUGGACCAUGGCAUGAAAUUUAUACUGAAAUUGGAAUAAAACAGAAGAUCCUUUCUAAAAUUUUACAAAAUUUCAAUGUCUGAUAAAUAUAUAAUAUAUGUGUAA